AUGCCUGCGACAAUCGCCCAGAACCAAUUCGACUCGAUCCCUGACUCAAUCGAGGCUUUCCGAAAUGGCGAGUUCCUCGUCGUCCUCGACGACCCCUCGCGUGAAAACGAGGCAGACCUGAUCAUCGCCGCUCAAGACGUCACGACCGAGAAGAUGGGAUUCCUCAUCCGUCACUCCUCUGGCUACGUCUGCGCACCUCUCUCCCCAGCUCUCACCACCGCCCUCGACCUCCCGCAGAUGGUCCCCAACAACCAGGACCCUCGUGGAACCGCCUACACCAUCUCCGUCGACUCGGCCGACCCCUCCGUGUCCACUGGCAUCAGCGCCCGCGACCGCGCCCUCGCCUGCAGGACACUCGCCGACCCCGCCGCCCGGCCAGAGAGCUUCCGCCGCCCGGGUCACAUCCUCCCCCUCCGAUCCCGCCCCGGUGGUGUCCGUCAGCGCCCAGGUCACACUGAGGCCGCCACCGAGUUCUGCCGCCUCGCCGGCAAGGUCCAGGCUGCCGCCAUCUGCGAGAUGAUUGACGAUGGUGAAGAGGCGCCUGGCCAGGCGGUCCGCCACAACCACGGCAUGCUGAGGGGAGAAGCCUGCAUCGCCUUUGCCCGGAAGUGGGGGCUCAAGGUGUGCACUAUCGCCGACCUUGUUGCCUACGUUGAGAAGACUGAGGGCAAGCUCGAGACCAACGGGUCUGAGGCCAACGGUAGCUGA